AUGGUCGAGAAGGCUACCGGCGCAUAUUCUCAGGAGUUUAUGGACAAGGCGAUAACUUUCAUGAAGGAUCUAUGUACAGGUGGGGGGCAAGGUACACUCUCCCACUGCGAUCUCGCCCAGGGGCGACUCCAAACACCAUUGAACGUGCGCCGUCUGCCUGCCGAUGAAAUCAUAUAUUAUGCUGUGACCCCUCCUGAUGGACCAGGUGUCUGGGUGACUACAGCAGCGGACGUCUGCCAUAUCAUACGAAUCUACAGAUACGAGUCAUCCCGCGGAGACGCGCAGCCUGACCUAAGGCUGCGCUUGCUGGAUCUAGGCAUUCCUUUCCUUUGUCCCCGUGUUUUGCCACAUCCGCAGAAGACUGUCGAACCGGGGUCUCUUGUACAACAACUGGUGCGAAGUCCAGGCUAUAAAUGGGUUCCUGCGGACUAUGCCAGCUAUGUAUCCCGGAGAGACAGCUUUAUCGUCGGUCACCCUCACGGCCGGGCUGCGCUACUCCUCGGCGGCAUGAUGUGGCGCCUUGCGCUGGAUGCACUCCAUGGCACGGCAGAAGAUGUCGUGUGUGCUGGACCAAGUGAAGCAGCCAUCGAGAACGGAUUUGGCCGUCUGGUCACCCGUGUGGACGGUACCUCAGGAUGGUAUGAAGAGCACAUUGAUCCUUUGGAGGAGGCUUGCAUCAUUGGCACUUAUUUCGUCGAAACUAGUCCUGGACAGUGGGCUGAAAUUUCUUGGUGGCCGAAGUCAACAACGUGGAAAUGCUGCGGCUAUGGCUCUCCCGGCUAUUGGACCAACGGGGCAGAAGAGUGGUACCAAAAUCGGCUUAGGGAAAUCAUGAAGGGGACUGCUCAACCCAUGUCACAGAUGCAGUGGCGCUCCUUUUUGCGCCAUAAUGCUUCUGCUGUGAGGAAGUUCAGUGGUCGGUAUGAGUCGCACUGCAAACUCUCCGUGGAUGCCCGUUGA